CGCAGUUCUGCCUGUCUGACCUUCAUCGCAGUAACCAUGUUCGCCAGGACCAGCUUGUUGGUGUUCUCCCCACAAUGUGGGCAGGUCAGGAACAUGGUUACCUUGAAGGACAUCACCAUCCGGUUGAAGUCCAUCAAGAACAUCCAGAAAAUCACCAAGUCCAUGAAGAUGGUGGCCGCCGCCAAGUACGCCCGCGCUGAGAGGAUGCUGAAGCCGGCCCGGGUGUACGGCUCCGGAGCUCUGGCCCUCUACGAGAAGGCCGAGAUCAAGGCGCUGGAGGACAAGACCGCCAAGCACCUGCUGGUCGGCGUGACCUCCGACCGCGGGCUGUGCGGCGCCAUCCACUCCGGCGUGGCCAAGGCCAUCAAGCUCGAGAUCGCCAACCUGACCGCCGUCGGCAAGGAGGUUAUGGUGAUCAACGUGGGAGACAAGCUGAGGAACAUCCUGACCAGGACUCACAGCCAGCACAUCAUCCUGAACUGCAAGGAGAUCGGCCGCCUGCCGCCGUCCUUCGGCGACGCCGCCAUCGUGGCCUCCGAGCUGCUGAGCUGCGGCUACGAGUUCGACCAGGGCUCCGUGAUCUACAACAAGUUCAGGUCCGUCAUCUCCUACAAGACGGAGAGGAAGCCCAUCUUCUCCAUCGACACGGUGGCCAACACAGAGAGCAUGGGCGUGUAUGAUGACAUCGACGCCGACGUGCUGAGGAACUACCAGGAGUUCUCCCUGGUGAACAUCAUCUACUUGGCCAUGAGGGAGUCGUCCACCGCGGAGCAGAGUGCCCGGAUGACGGCCAUGGACAGCGCCAGCAAGAACGCCUCUGAGAUGAUUGACAAGCUGACCCUCACCUUCAACCGCACCAGACAGGCGGUCAUCACCAAGGAGCUCAUCGAGAUCAUCUCCGGAGCCGCCGCGCUGACCUGAGCUGGUUCUCCAGGAGAUAAACGGGGAUCUGGACGCCUCGGUCCCUAAAGUACUUCAGACCCUCGUCGUGACGUUUGUGCUUCUAUUUGUAAAAUAUAUAGAGAAUAAAUCAUCUGUCUAUCCUUUCAAUAAAUACUGAUGACUGAGAA